AUGGCAAACGAGAAGCCUUGCAACGAGUCAACGCAGUCAUCGGGAGAGCGAACCGAAAAGUAUACAGUCACUUCACUGGAAAUAGCGCGACUGGGGAAGCUAGACGAGUACGACGAGAAGGAGCAGAAUUUUGAAUCCUAUUUAGAACGCUUUGAGCAUUUCGUCACUGCAAACAAUAUCAAAGAGGAAAAGAAGCUGGCCGUAUUUCUGAGCGUGAUAGGACCACGAACGUACGAGGUGCUCAAAAGUUUGGUAGUACCCGCCGUUCCUGGGGACAAAUCCUUUGAGGAGGUGACAGUGCUGUUGACGAAGCACUAUAGCCCAAGCUGUUCUGUCUUCGCCGAGCGAUGCAAAUUUAACAGGCGAGCACAAGAGGAACAAGAAAGCAUCGAGGUCUUCAUAGUGUCCUUAAAGCAUUUAGCAAGGAAGUGCGAUUUCGGUCUGUUCCUGCAAGACGCACUGCGAGACAGAUUAGUGGCAGGCAUAAGACGCGAAGAAACGCAACUCGCCUUGUUUGCUGAAGACAGUUUAACCUUUGAAAAGGCGUGCAAGAUAGCCUUGGACCGGGAGCAGGCUGCGCGACAAACAGCGUUACUGCAUGCAGAAGGCAAGGAAGCGACGCUGCAUGCCAUGGCGAUAAGAGUUCAGGGAACUGAAAAGAAAUUGAAGCUUCGGAAAUUCAAGGACGUCAAGCGAGUCUGCGAAAGAUGUGGCAAGGCGCAUGCCGCUAGUGUUUGUUGGUAUAAGAAUGUCCAGUGUCACAGCUGUUCACAAAUCGGCCAUUUACAGAAGAUGUGUCCCAGCAAGUGCAGAGAACUAAAGACUGCGAACGCGGUGGACUGCUGUGAUAGUGACUCUGAAUUAGAUGUGUACCAUGUUAUUAACACAGUUCGUUCUGGAUACGAAGUGCAAGUAAACGUAGAAGGGAAAGACAUCUGCAUGCAGAUUGACACGAGAGCUGCUGUAACCCUAAUUCCUGAGAGUGUUAGGCUGAACGCAUUUCCUCAUGUCAAGUGCGAGCCAUCGCGAGUCACCCUAAGAACAUACACUGGGGAACCCGUUCCAGUGAAGGGGCAAUGCAACGUUAUCGUUACGACCGGAAACCAGGCUUUACGACUGCCAGUUAUCAUUGUCAAAGAUCACGGCAAACAGCUUCCACUGCUGAUGGGGCGAAAUUGGCUCGAGAUGCUAGGGCUUGACUGGAAAAGUGUGUUGUCCGUAAAUGUAAGCGACGCUAGCAAGGUGGAAGCAGUGAAACAAAAGUUCCCAGGGGUGUUUUCUAAGCAACCCGGAGUAGUAAAGAACUACCAAAGGGACGAGAGGCCAGUGGCGUUUGCGUCUAGAACACUUACAUCAGCUGAGAAGAACUAUGCUCAGGAGCCCGCUACGCAAGCUCGGGUUCCUCAAGCUUUCCGCCAGUACAAACUGCUCCUACAGCCUCGGAAGACACAGCUCAUCCGUCUGCUCCGAUGUCUAGUGGGCCAGUCGCCGUGCCACCUAUCGGGGUUCCAGGCGCGAAAGAGUCUGCAAAUCAGCAGCUUCCGGUACCUGAAUCACCCACGCCCGGAACAGCUGCCCCCGGCUCUUCGAACCAGCCAGACCCUGCACCUACAGCCGAGCUGCCAAUUCUUCGUCGUAGUGCCCGUGUGCGACAUCCCCCGAACAGAUAGCAACCAGUGA